CGCGGCCCUGAGAUAGAAGUCCGAGAGCCUUCGCUGUGGUGGUUUGAAGAGGCGGAAUCGAGAUAUUUUUCUUGAUUAUCAUGUGACGGGUUCUGGAUUUAAUGGGGAAAAAAGUGUGGAAAAGGCCAAGUAUCCAAACUGGCGAAUUUACUGAUCUUUGCGCCCCUCUCCGCUCUCCGGCCAGCUGCGCUGCCAGGUAUAUUUCCCUUUUUUCGACUCUGCAACAGCCUCUUUAAACUGUUUAAAUGAGAAUGUCCUUGGCUCAGAGAGUACUACUCACCUGGCUUUUCACAUUACUCUUCUUGAUCAUGUUGGUGUUGAAACUGGAUGAGAAGGCACCUUGGAACUGGUUCCUCAUAUUUAUUCCAGUCUGGAUAUUUGAUACUAUCCUUCUUGUCAUGCUGAUUGUGAAAAUGGCUGGGCGAUGUAAGUCUGGCUUUGACCCUCGACAUGGAUCACACAACAUUAAAAAAAAAGCCUGGUACCUGAUUGCAAUGUUACUUAAAUUAGCCUUCUGCCUUGCACUCUGUGCUAAACUGGAACAGUUUACUACCAUGAAUCUGUCCUAUGUCUUCAUUCCUUUAUGGGCCUUACUAGCAGGGGCUUUGAUAGAGCUUGGAUAUAAUGUCUUUUUUGUGAGAGACUGACUUCUAAGGACAUCAUCCCAUUUUAUUGUUCUUCAACAAACUAUCAUUAAAGUGUUCUGAAUCCUUGCAAGCUUGAAGAAUGCCAGAGAACAGAAAAGUACCAAAUGUAAUUUUAUACUGCUUCCAUAAAGAAAUCUUGGUGAAUCAUGGACUUGUAGUCAACCCGAAAUUAAUUUUCAGAGUUUGAGUUAUUAAUACCCUUAUUGUCCUGUAUAAAUAAAGUUUGUUUUGGAUCUUA